UAAACACUAACCCACUAAAAUCAGUUCUUUUACUAUUUUUUCUUGUAUUUUAGUGAAAACAAGUUGUUCAUCAUUAAAAAAAACAUGGAAAAGUUGAAGAUGCUGUGGUCUUGGUCCUUUCUAUUCUCACUUAUAUUAAGAACCUCCACCUCACUUGACAAUAUAACCGUUUUUCAAUCCCUCAGCGAUGGAGAGACAUUGAUUUCACAUGAAGGAAUCUUUGAACUUGGUUUCUUCAGUCCUGGAAACUCAAAGGGCCGAUACGUAGGUAUCUGGUACCAUAAUAUGUCCCCUUUAACAGUUGUGUGGGUUGCCAACAGAGAAACUGCACUCAAUGAUACCUCUGGAGUUUUAAAAGUAACCCAUCAAGGACUUGUUCUCCUUGUUAAUGGCACCAGCAACAGCACUGUGUGGUCUUCCACCAUGUCUAGCAAAGCGGAGAAUCCGGUUGCACAGCUCCUGGUCUCAGGAAAUCUUGUUGUCAAAGAUGGCCAUAAUGGGGAGCACUUCUUGUGGCAGAGUUUUGAUUUUCUUGGUGAUACUUUCUUACCAGGAUCAAAGAUAGGUUGGGAUCCAGUGACAGGGAUAGAGAGAACCUUAACAUCUUCGAGAAGUGCUGAUGAUCCCGGCCAUGGAGACUUCAAAUUCAGAAUAGACCCCAGAGGCUAUCCACAAGCGGUUCUAACGAAUGGAACGGUUAUAAUGGUCAGAGUAGGACCCUGGAAUGGACUUAUGUUUUCAGGAGCUACCAUUUAUUUGCGCUAUAGUAAAUUACUGCCAACUGAUUAUGAUUUCAUUGAUAAGGAGCUAAUUUGUAAACUCCAACCUUUGCAUGCAUAUAGUGUUAUUAGAAGUGUGGUGACCCCUUGGGGUGGUGUGCAGCUUCUGCAUUGGUCAAGACAAACCAGUAGCUGGGAGACACUUCUUUCUUUACCAGAAGGUGAAUGUGACAAAUAUGCACACUGUGGCGCAAAUUCUGUUUGUAGAGUCACUCCGGCUCCAAUCUGCACAUGCCUAGAAGGAUUUGUUCCAAAAUACUCAAGAAAGUGGAAGGACAUGUAUUGGUCUGAUGGUUGUGUUAGGAUCACUCCAUUAAGUUGCAGCAAAGAUGGUUUCAAGAAGCACUCAGGUGUGGUGUUGCCUGACACAUCUACCUCUUGGCAUAACAUGACCAUGAACCUGCAGGAAUGUGAGGACUUGUGUAGGAAAAAUUGUUCCUGUACGGCAUAUUCCAAUUUGGAUGUCCGUGGCGGAGGAAGUGGUUGCAUACUUUGGUUUCAUGAUUUGAUUGAUAUGAGACAAGGAGGACAAGAUCUUUAUAUUCGACUACCUAUGUCAGAGCUAGGUGAUGAGUCAAACAAGAAAAAGCUUGUAGGCAUGAUUGUUGGCUCCAUUUUGUUCUUUAUGAGCAUGAUGUUUGGACUGGUUCUAUGUCUAUGGAGAAAGAAACUUGAGGAGCCAGAAAUAUUUUGGUGGAAGCAACGGGCUCACGAAAGGGAAAAGGAUGACAUGGAUCUUCCAAUGUUUGAUUUAUCAACCAUAGUUUAUGCCACUAAUUACUUCUCUAGUGAAAACAAAUUGGGAGAAGGUGGAUUUGGAUCUGUAUACAAGGGUACACUUGAAAAUGGGACAGAGAUUGCUGUGAAGAGGCUUUCCAUUGACUCUGAACAAGGACUGGAUGAGUUUAAAAAUGAAGUUCAGUUAAUUGCAAAACUUCAGCAUCGCAACCUUGUAAAGCUUCUUGGCUGUUGCAUUCAACGAAAAGAAAAACUCUUGAUUUAUGAGCUCGUGCCCAAUAGGAGUUUGGACACCUUUAUUUUUGAUGAUUCUAGAAGAAAAUUAUUAGAUUGGGCAAAGCGCUUUCAAAUUAUUGGCGGAACAGCUCGAGGCCUAGUUUAUUUACAUCAAGAUUCUAGGCUAAGAGUGAUUCAUAGAGAUCUAAAAACUAGCAAUAUACUUCUUGAUAAAGACAUGAACGCGAAAAUAUCAGACUUUGGUCUUGCUAGGACAUUUGCCGGAGAUCAAACUGAGGCCAGAACAAAAAGAGUGAUGGGAACUUAUGGUUAUAUUUCUCCAGAGUAUGCGGUGCGUGGAUCCUUCUCAAUGAAAUCUGAUGUGUUCGCUUUUGGUGUAAUUGUGCUUGAGAUAGUAAGUGGCAAGAAGAACAGAGAGUUUUGUGUCCCUCACCAGAGUCUUAACCUUCUUGGACAUGCAUGGGAGCUCUGGAAUGAGGAGAGGCCCUUGGAACUGGUAGAUGAAUCGGUGCGCGAUUCGGUGAUUGAAGUUGAAGCAUUGAGAUGCAUACACAUAGGGCUGUUAUGUGUUCAAGGGAGACCCGAAGAUAGGCCUAACAUGUCAUCUGUAGUUCGUAUGCUGGAAGAUGAUAAACCAUUGCGCAAGCCGAGGCUUCCGGCAUUUUACUCACACCAGGAAGAAUCUAUGGGAAGAGAUGAUGGAGUUUCAGCAAAUGAGGUUACCAUAUCAUUGUUAGGGGCAAGAUAAUGAUUCUAGAAGAAAAUGAUUAGAUUGGGGAAAGCGCUUUCAAAUUAUUGGCGGGACAGCUCGAGGACUAGUUUAUUUACAUCAUGAUUCUAGGCUAAGAGUUAUACACAGAGAUCUAAAAGCUAGCAAUAUCCUUCUUGACAAAGACAUGAACGCGAAAAUAUCAGACUUUGGUCUUGCUAGGACAUUUGCCGGAGAUCAAUCUGAGGCCACAACAA